AUGAAGUUCGAUCAGCUUCUUUUCUCGUAUUUGGGUGAAUUUGGCCGGUAUCAAAAGACACAGUUCCUUUUGGUAUGUCUUCCUACAAUUUUUGCCGCUAUGCAUGCACUGUCAUGGACAUUCACGGCUGCUCAUUUGCCACACAGAUGUCGUCUCAAAGACGAGCCAGCAAACGCCUCGUAUUGGACUACAAGUCCUUUGCUACAUGGAAUGAACUGUACAGAUGACAGUAAGCAGUGCUUUUAUGAGGAAUGUCGAUUGGGUGAUGAGCACACGUGCCCGUACGGUUACGUCUUCGAUUUCAGCGGUGUCAAAAAUUCAGCCGUCAAUAGGUGGGAAAUCGUUUGCGAGCGAUCCGUCCUGAAGGCGGUUAUUCAGUCUUCCUAUUAUGUGGGACAAAUGGCUGGUUCAUUAAUAUUCGGUUAUCUUGGUGAUAGUUGGGGUCGUAAAAACGUGUUCUUUUUGGCCAUUGUGCUUCAGUUGACAGCUGGUGUGCUGAUGGCGCUAGUGCCGAAUUGGCCCUCUUUCUGUAUUCUUCGUGGAGUGGUCGGAUUCACACAUCCGGGCAUUUUUGUGAUUGCAGUUGUGAUUGGUAUGGAAUUGGUGGGACCGUCGAAACGGAAAUUAGCUGGUGUAAUAUCGGGUGCAUUUUUUGCGUUUGGUCAAGUGAUACUCGGCACUUUGGCAUACUUCAUUCGUAGUUAUCAGUACUUACAGUUGGCCAUCUCCCUGCCGGCGAUCAUCUUCUUCAGUUACUGGUGGUAA